AGUUUACUCAUUCAUUUGAAUUUGUUCAAAUGGCAGCCAAAAUACUACAAUUACCCGAUUAUUGUCACAUUUUCAGGGAUUUUCUGGUAGAAGAACUCAUUUUUUAUAAAUCACCAUUUGAAUUCCACUAUGGAAAGUGUUCUGUGAUUGGAAAAUUGCACUGGCAAGACAAUUUAUACUUACAAAAUAUUUCAUUGAAAUGUUUGGACGAGAAGUAUCGCCUAAAAACCAGUUCAGUUGGAAUUCGUUUGCUAGAAACGGGCUAUCGUGCCAAUCCAGACGAUGUUUCAUCAUUUGGAACGCCAGUUACAGUUGCCGAAAUGAUGAUAAACGAACGAAUGAAGCACCUAACAUUUGACGAAGGUGCUAUCAGUGUUAAUGACAAAGAAAUUCCCUACAACUCUUGUCAACUAAAUGAAGAUGCUAUACGACAAGAUAUUGAACAAUUUGCCUCUAUGUAUGUUCCAGUCCUGCAAGUACACACAAUAAAUGCAAUCGAUCAAGCCGAAGAAUUAAUUCAAUGUAAUCUACAAUUAAGAUUAUUGCGUAAAAACCGAAAAUCGAAAAACUAUCUACGUUGUAACUAGUUUUAAAUCAUACCAAAAACAAA